GACACCGUCAACAAUGCCCCAUACUGGACUUCUAUUUCCAUUGGCAGCACUGUUCCGCUGUUGCCAAUUUCUUUACUUUUAUUUCCCGAGACAAUAUGGUAAUCAGGUCUGCGGGGUCUAGAUAUUAGAUCGGCAUCCGUCCUCUUGAUUUGUAUUAACUACAGCUUGAUUUUUCGGUGGUACCUUGAACUGAACGACAGCUUCGUUUGUGUACGAUUCUGGGUGUGUGCCGUGGUCCUGGAUUCGGAGAAUUAGAGUAGCAUCUCCUUGAGAUCCUGUUUGUGGGUUGGAGUGUGUAUUUACGCUGUUCAGCUUGCUUUCAUGAAAUGGGCCUGUUCCUAGAUAGGUGUAAGAGUAGAAGGUCGGGAGGAACAGAUCCAGUGUCCAAAGGUCCGUGGACGGAGGCUGAAGAUAAGAUCCUUACUGAGUGUGUCGAGAAAUACGGGGAUCGGUGUUGGCGACAGAUACCUAAGCAUGGAGGGCUGCUGAGAGAUGGGAAGAGCUGUAGGCUUCGAUGGAAGAACUAUCUCAAGCCUGGCCUCAAACGGGGGAAAUUCUCUAAGGACGAGGAUGAGUUUAUCAUUACACUGCACGCUCUCCUGGGAAACAGGUGGUCAUUAAUCGCUGGCCGCAUUCCCGGUCGGACGGACAAUGAGAUUAAAAACCACUGGAAUACGCACCUGAAAAAAAGACUCCGAGAGAUGGGCAUCGACCAUGAGAAUCACAGUGUAGGCCUGAAACUAAGCUCCGACUCUGACGGAUCUCUAGACGCGGAGGAAUCUAAGGGUAAGAAUGUUGAGGACCAGAGAGGCUGGCCCAGCCCUUCAUUUGACGACAUUGCUCAAUGCGCUGACAAUCUGUAUACAAAUCCGCAGAAUGUAGACCCACUUCCACAGGAAUUCUUAAGCCCAGGCGACUCGUUAUUGCAUUGCCAAUUUGACACAGGUUUGGAAUUUGAGAGCACCUUCAAUUGUCAAGUAGAUCAAGGCCCCUACACAGAUGACCCUUGCAGCAGUGCGAGCUGCACAUAUGAUAACGGCUUGUCGGGAUUGGAGCAACCGUGUCCCAAGCUCCCUCAAUCAGAAAAUUCAUUAGAUUUUAAUUUAGAAAAAUCACUUGGGUCAAGUUUCAAAACUUAUCCUUCACCUACGGAUAGAUUGGCAUUCGAUAUGAUGGAUUAUCUACCAUUAAGCUUAAUGGGCCUCUCAGGAUUUGCUGAGGAAUCACCUCACGAGGACGACGUCUCCGGUCCCUUAUGGACAUCUAUCCAACUUUUUGAUCAUAGCUAGCCAGUCGAACCACAGAAUUUUUCCAUGCAAGAACCGACGAAUCUCACCUAGAAUAAUUUUUAGUCCGCGUCUAUAGUUCGUAUUAAAAUACAUUAACGAAACCACGAGCGAAUAGACAUUCCUUCCAAUUACACAAAACAGGCUUUGCUAGAAAGAUGGUACAACUCCAAUACUCUGAUUUGUUUAUUGUCAUUUCUUUGCCACAAAAAAAAUUGUAAAAGAAAUGUAAGCACAUUACGGCUGAAUAACAAAAUAAUCUACAGCCAGACUAUUAAAUCUGGCCUGUCUCCA